AUUUGUUUGUUAAUUUUUGUGUAGUUUUUAUUUAUUUUAUUAUUUAAUUUCGCAAAUCUAUGUAUUUAAAGUAUUCAAAAUUGUGGAAAUGGACGUGGACAUGGCUCUUUUAACCCUAGGUUUUGGCUGCGCUCAGGUGUUCAUCACGGUGGUGUGCAUUUUGCUCUCCCUGUACGUUGCGUCGGAGGCCUAUAUAGUGGGUUAUCUUCUGGUACUGACUUCCUGCGAAUUUGCCACCACAUCCGGGGAGAAGACCCUCCUGGCCAGCGCCGCAAUGUUUGGCAUGGUGGUCUCUGGCUUUUUCAUUGGCGUUUUUUCGGACAAGUACGGCAGGAAGUUCGCCCUUUUGCUGACAAUGAUCGGAUCGCUCACCUUCUCUUUCAUAUCCUCCCUUAUGCCGGAGGUCUACUCAAUGGCAGUUAUGCGGUUCAUAGUUGGGUGUUUCCUAAGCACCCCUGCCGCGGUCACGAUCGGCUAUAUAAUGGAGUUUUUUGCACCGAAAUGGCAUGCCUUGGCGGUCAGUGUUCAGGUCCAGGGCAUAGCCUUGGGAUUGUUCUAUAUUCCGGCUAUGGGGUGGGCCAUCCUGCCCAGCCACUAUAGUCUGAGGAUCAGCAGCAACAUUGAGCUCCGAACGUGGCGCUUCUACAUGUGGGGCAUAACGCUUCCCGGCUGGUUGGCUUUCGUCGGAUUGUUCUUUGUGCCGGAGAGCCCCUACUUCCUGAUGUAUGCACAGCGCAUGGAGAAGGCCACCAAGUCCCUUCAGUGGGUGUGCCGGCUAAACGGAAAGAAGUGGGACGAAAUGAAUAUAACGCUUACGGGUCAACCAGCAGGGCGAGAGCGUGGUACUUGGAAGGAAUCCUUCUCUGAGCUCGUCAGGAUCUUUAAGCGUCCGGUUCUGCGGAACUUCCUCAUCUGUACAUUCUACAUCUUCGGAAUUUUCUUUCUUUCCGUUGGUUUCGGUGUCUGGUAUCCGGCCAUCCGCAACGAAAAUAGCAAGGAAUCAAAAACGCUGUGCCAAAUCAUUGAGGCCCACACUGUGUUCCAGAAAAGUGCAAACAAGACAAAACCCUGCCAAGACCAAAUGACCAACUUCCUUGAUCCCAUGUUCUACGCACUGACCUAUGCGUUGAUGUUCCUUGUGGUGACCGGCCUGGUGCUGUGCCUCCCUCGGCGAUAUGUCAUGGCUUUGCAUGUGGGUGUGGCCUGCCUGUUGGGCAUAAGCCUGAACUUCAUCCAGCAUCCGUUGGGUGUGCUGAUCGCCUUCACCCUGAUGCUGGUUGUUCCUGGUGUUCUCAUCGGACUGGCCUCAUCCGCCCUGGCAGGUUGUGUCCCUGUCGAGUUGCGGGGCAUGGCUCUGUGUUUGGCCAGAUCCCUUUCGCGACUUGGAUCCGUCGUGGGCAGCACCCUGGUGGGAUUGUUGAUGAAGGUCUCGUGUGUGGCCACGCUCAACAUAUUCGUUAUUUAUAUGGCAGCCUUUACAUUUGAUUACAGUUUGCGUAGUAUUGGCUCUCUGUCUUCCAAAGGAAUUAAGAGCCACUAUUGGACUUCGGUUUACAUGAUAAGUAUUUGCUGGGUUACUCAGCAAACUGUUUUUAAGCUUCAACUGACGUGACUGAUGCGACGAAAACACGAAAUGU